AUCUCUUUCGUUUUCCCAAAAGGUAUCGUACGAAUUAAAUCUAUCUAUAGAAUGACGUCUCUUUUUGUUUGACUUAGAAAAAUGAAUCAAGAAAAACGAAUCACGUUGUUUUUACUAUUAUACUCUCAAGCAUUGUACUGUUAUCUUCAACAAUCAACGUGUAAGGUUCUCCUUAAAUUAUGCAAGUAACUAUCCAACCAAAACAGCUCAUUCAUUAUAUUGUAAAAAAAAUACUCUUUUGUCACACCCUUUGAAUGCAGACAAAUUCCAGUUUGUUUAUUUAUGUUUAGAAUUUCAACUGCCAAAGUAUCAUAAUACGAGGUUGGUUACUACCAUUAUCAGCAACAAAAUAUCUGUUUCUGGGUAUUUGUGAUUCUUAAGGAUUCCCAUGAUUCUGUAUAGUUUUAGAACAUUGAAUGAAUCUGAGAGUUUGAUAGAAAUUAGUGUUAAAUUGGGUUAUUUUUCUUUGGAGCCUGGAGCUGGAAUCAUCUGCUUCACCAAUUGGUGAUUUGAGGAUUUUGGCAGGUGGAAUUAAAGAUGUAUGUGAUAGAGAGCAAAGGAGGAGCUAUAUUUUGCAUGCUGCUCUCUCUGUUCUUCUUGGGGACAUGGCCUGCUAUUUUGGCUUACCUCGAAAGGCGUGGACGCCUUCCUCAGCAUACUUAUCUUGACUACGCUAUUACUAAUCUCUUAGCUGCUAUGUUUAUCGCACUCACGUUAGGUGAGAUUGGAGAGAGCAAACCAAGCAUGCCAAAUUUCUUGAACCAACUGUAUCAGGUUCAAGACAAUUGGCCUUCUGUGUUGUUCGCUAUGGCUGGUGGAGUUGCUCUUAGUGUAGGGAAUCUAUCUAUACAAUAUGCUAUGGCUUUAGUCGGCUUAUCGGUUGUUGAGGUUGUUAGUGCUAGCAUUACCGUUGUAAUAGGGACCACAGUAAACUAUUUCCUGGAUGGCAGAAUUAAUAGAGCAGAAAUACUUUUCCCAGGAGUAGGAUGUUUUCUGAUAGCAGUUUUUCUGGGUUCUUCUGUUCACAAAUCUAAUGACGUGGAUAAUACUGCAAAACUCAAAAAUUUGGAAAGUAAGCUUGAAGAAGAGGAAAGACUUGUGACACCACCAAAAUCGAAUUUUGACAGGGAAAGCGAUAAACCAGCCUCAGGUGGAGCAUCUGCUCAUAAAGUUCCUAUGGACCUUGAAAAGGCAAAUGAAAGUACAAAGGAGCCGGAGUUUGGGACUGCAAAGUUCCUUAUUAAGCUUGAGGAAAGAAGAUCAAUUAAGGUGUUUGGCAGGAGUAUUUGGGUUGGUUUGGCAAUAACUUUUUUUGCUGGUUUUUGCUAUUCUCUAUUCUCUCCUCUGUUUAACGUAGCAACCAAUGACCAAUUUCAUCGCUUGAGAGAAGGGGUGCCUCAUUUGGUUGUUUAUACUGCUUUCUUCUACUUCUCCAUUUCCUCAUUUGCGAUUGCACUGAUCUUGAACAUCACCUUCCUAUCUCACCCUGUUUUGGACCUGCCAAAGUCAUCAUUUCAUGCCUACUUUGCGGACUGGAAUGGACGAGGAUGGGCACUUUUGGCUGGCAUGCUUUGUGGAUUUGGAAAUGGUCUUCAGUUCAUGGGAGGUCAGGCUGCAGGAUAUGCUGCAGCUGAUGCUGUUCAGGCACUUCCACUGGUGAGCACCUUUUGGGGUGUAGUUGCUUUUGGAGAGUACAGGAAAUCAUCAAGAAAGACAUACAUACUACUUAUUACCAUGUUAUCUAUGUUCAUCAUCGCAGUUGGAAUCCUUAUGGCAUCAUCAGGGCACAGAAAGUCAUAAUAUGGUAGCAAAAGAAAUCCAAUAAUGUUGUUCAUUGAUUACAACAAUGCUAAUGAUUUGGCUGGCCGUUCUUUGCUGUUUAGUCCUAAUAAUUGGAAUAGAAUCAAGUUUGCUUAAAGGUGUUAUUCUUGUCUUCCAUUAUUGUUUACAUUACUGUUGUUAUGACAUCAGAAAAGGGAUAUGUAAAGGAUAUAAUUUUCAUAGCAUUUCGAUUUAGAGGUGUUUUA